AUGGCCAUGGACGCGAUGAGCAGCGCGGUGCUGCAGGGGGCGUGGAGGAAGGGGCCAUGGACGGCGCUGGAGGACCGGCUGCUGACGGAGUACGUGCAGCAGCAGGGCGAGGGCAGCUGGAACUCCGUCGCCAAGCUCACCGGGCUGCGGCGGAGCGGCAAGAGCUGCCGGCUCCGGUGGGUGAACUACCUCCGGCCGGACCUGAAGCGGGGCAAGAUCACCGCCGACGAGGAGACCGUCAUCCUCCAGCUCCACGCCAUGCUCGGCAACAGGUGGUCGGCGAUCGCGCGGUGCCUGCCGGGGAGGACGGACAACGAGAUCAAGAACUACUGGCGGACGCACUUCAAGAAGGCGCGGCCGUCCAGGCGGGCCAGGGCGCAGCUGCUGCACCAGUACCAGCUCCAGCAGCAGCAGCAGCACCGCCAGUACCUCCACGCGCUGCACCUCCUCCAGCAGCAGCAGCAGGAGAUGCAGAUGCAGCUACAGGAGAACCACCACCAGCAGCAGCAGCAGCAGGUGAUGAUGAUGCAGCAGCAGAGCCCGCCGGAGGAGGACCAGGCCGUGAUCACCACCGGCGACAACAUGAACAGCAUGGAGACUGCAGGGUGCUACUGCCCGUGCCCGGCUGCGUCGGCGGUGCUCGACCUCCCGCUCCCGGCCGACGACGAGGACGCGCUGUGGGACAGCCUCUGGCGGCUCGUCGACGGGGAGGACGGCUCCAGCGGAGGUGACUCAGGCGAGUACUAG